AUGUCUGAUGCAGGUUGCUUAACAUGCUGGUGUCCGUGCAUUACAUUUGGGCGAAUCGCAGAAAUGGUCGAUAGGGGGUCAACUUCAUGCGGGGUGAGCAGCGCGCUGUAUGCGCUGAUAAUGUGCGUGACGGGGUGUCCGUGCUUGUAUUCGUGCUUCUAUCGUUCGAAGUUGAGAGGGCAAUACUUCUUGCAAGAGAGGCCGUGCACCGAUUGCUGCGUCCACUGUUGCUGCGAGGAAUGUGCCCUUUGCCAAGAAUACAGACAGCUCAAGAGCCUUGGCUUUGAUCCUUCCAUAGGUUGGCACGGUAACAUGGAAAGGCAGAGACGGCUCGCUGCGACGCCUCCCAGCAUGAAGAAGAGUAUGAAGCGGUAAGACGACAUGUUAGAAAUAUAGGGACCGAGAGUUGGCUUUGGAUUAUUUCGUGAUCACGGUGCGUUAAGUUUUGUUUUGUGAAAAGAUGACGAGUUUUGUUAAUUGCUCGACCAUCACAAUUAUCGGGAGCUAUGUUUUUUU